AAGAUCCUCUAAAUCUGAGUGGAAGCGAACUUGAAAGUUCAUUAGGAAAUAUUCCGCCAUUUGAAAGAAAUGACGCAAGUUCAGGUGCAAAAAAAAAGAGACGAUUACGUGGAUACUUUACUGUCCAUUUAUCCUGAUAAAGAAGAUAAAUCAGGCGUUGAUAGUAAUGUAUCAUCUUCAUCACCGUCGUUUAAAAGGAACAAAACCUUUCAAAAGUCUAAAAAGCACACCUCAAGGAUGAAUCAAGAUGAUGUUAUUUCGAGCUCACCAAAUCCGUCACCCAAAAGACGCAAGACUUCAACAGAUUUAGGAGUCACCUCUGUUCACUCAAAACAAAAUAAAGCACUAAAUCCGAAAACAAAAAAGAAGACUUAUGCUUCUCCAAAGCCAAUAAAACACAACAAAAGGGCAGAAGCAGAAGAAACAUAAACAAGCCGUGCCCAACAUGUGGCCUCACAGCAUCUGAAAUUCCGACAUCAAAGUCAUUCUUCGAGUCCAUGAAGAGAAGUAUCGAAUACAGAAUUCGGGAAAAGGCUGAGAAGACUAGAGCAGUUAUUGCUGCCACUGGGAACUC